AUGGGGUCGACAGAUAUUACGCUGGUUGUUGAGCCACGAGGGAAACCAAUCAAGGGACUCCCUAAUGAGCUUCACAUAGCCUCCGAUGCCUCCGCGCAGGCAGUAUAUAGCUCGCUCGCGCGAACUUCAGGCUGUUCCAUCCACCGCCUGCGGAUCACCAAGGGCAGCGACCGGACAGUGAUCCCUAAUUCGCAAACCACUCUUGUGGAACAAACGGGCCUCAGAGAGAUGAGUGUGAUUCAUGUGAAGGACCUUGGCCCUCAGAUAAGCUGGCGCACUGUGUUCAUCAUCGAGUAUCUCGGGCCACUUCUUAUUCCUGCCCUGUUUCUUUUUCCUCUCCGGUCAUUGAUUUAUUUCAAUUUCGAUGGACCUCUUCCGGACCCCUCCGACACCCAGCUUCUGCUUUGUGGGCUCCUGUCCGUCCACUUCUUGAAGCGCGAGUAUGAAACGAUUUUCAUCCACCGCUUUAGCAACGCCACGAUGCCGGCUCGCAAUAUCUUCAAGAACAGCGCUCAUUAUUGGAUCCUAGCUGGCUUCAACAUCGCCUACUGGGUCUUCCGUCCAGACGCAGCUGCGUCCACUAGCCAGCCUAGCCCCGCUCUCUUGUAUUCUGGUCUCGCACUUUUUGUCUUUGGGGAGCUCGCUAACCUCAAUGCGCACCUGGUACUUCGUGAUCUGCGCCGUCCUGGCACCACAGAGAGGGGAAUUCCCUCCGGCCUUGGUUUUAGCCUCGUGACCUGCCCUAACUACUUGUUCGAGGUGAUUGCCUGGCUUGGAGUCUACCUGGUUAGCGGGCUCAGCUGGAGUGUGCUGUUCUUCAUCACGGUCGGUGCGGCGCAGAUGGCUAGCUGGGCUAAGAAGAAGGAACGUCGUUACCGCAAGGAGUUCGGCGACAAAUAUAAGAGAAAGAGAUUUGUCAUGCUGCCUGGUAUUAUUUAG